GCCUCCGACCAGAGGUUGCAGUUUUCCUUACGCUCGAUCUCCAUCAAGACAUUAUAUCUAACUUCUCGUUUUUAAAGCGAAUAUAAUCCCACAAUGAAUAAGGCAAUUUUGGUAUUCCUCUUCUUGGCCAUGGUCGGAUCAGCGUUCAGCCGUCCCCAGCAAAAUCCAUUUAGACCAGGUGGAAAUUUCCAGUUCGGUGGUAAUCGACCUGCUGGUGCCUUCCCUGGACAAACCUUGUUCAACGGAGGAAAUGCUGCUGGAUUCGGAUCAGGAGCCGUGCAACCUGGUGGUGGACAAGUAAUUGGAACCGGAACCGGCAUCGCUAAUCCAGGUCCAGGUGGUUUUGGUGUAGCUUUGGGAGUCGGAGGGGCCGUUGCUUCGCCCGUUGGAAACUUCGCCCUUGGCCAAGGUGAAAGCAUUUCCAUCGGUAAAUAAGGAAGAAAUCCAUCACGGAACGUUCGCCUCCAAACUACCAUUUCUUUUUUUUUUGCUAUACCUCUUUUAUGUUGUUGCUAUACGUUUCUUUUACGUCCCAUAAAGAUAUGUACUAUAUCGCCGAAAGCAUUUUGCCGAGCAUUUUGCAGACCAGUGCCCGUUUUUGGCAUUGAAAAUUAGCAUUGCAUGUUUUCAACCGACACCUGUGAAUACACAUUUGAAUGCUUAUAAAAAAUA